UAAAAGCAUAUUUAGAUUCAUGAUAUAAACUUGAAAGGUGCAAGUGGGAUUCCUAAACCAUGUGAAGAUGAUCUAUGGAUAAGAAACUUUAUUUUUUUCUUUUUUCUUUUUUUGGGAAUUUCGUGACAGAAGCCAUGUGCACCUCCUUGGUAAUGUAGACCCCCUCUUAAAAAGUAUCAGAGCCCCCAAAUUCCAGCUCUAGCAAUUAUAAUAUAUAUAAAUAUUAUGCAUAAAUUAAUAAGUAAAUAUUUGUAUAUAAAUAGGCAUCCUCAAUCUUCAAGAAUUCACAGUGCAACAACAACUAGAGCUAAAUCCAGAGUAAACAAAUCAAACCCUCAAAACAAGAUAUGGCUAUUAUUCGCUUACCAUCGUUGAUUUCGAAUGCCAAGCAAUUCUACAAGCUACAAUCCUUUCUCAACAAAAAUCAAUCAGAUGUGCCUAAGGGCCACCUGGCAGUUUACGUAGGAGAGAGAGUUCAGAGGAAAAGGUAUGUGGUUCCCUUAUCGUACCUGAAUCACCCUUCGUUUCAAGAUUUGUUGAGACGAGCAGAGGAAGAAUUUGGCUUCAGUCAUCCAAUGGGAGGUCUAACAAUUCCGUGCAGUGAAAAUACCUUUCUCGAACUCACUUCAAGAAUGCAGCUGUCAUGAUCCAAGAAAAUUAAUCAGCACUCCAACAGUUUUGAUUAUUAGUUUUCUGAGGUGUAGACCCAUGCAAAAAAGUAUGUAAAAUUAGAUAAAUAUAUAAACUAGAUUAUUUUGCUAGUUAUACAAAGUUCGAUACCAAAUCCCUUAUAUCAACUCUCAAAAUUCAAAAACCUACACCAGAUGCUGGUCAAUAUACAAAAAUGGAUACAACUAUCCAGAAACCAGCAAGUCUUCUGGAGAGUUCCCAUAAUUAUUGACUGCCACAUUCAUUAUAGAAAAGAAUCGCACAGUCAAAAUGGCACUGUAUUUGUUCAAUACUGCAUACAUUACAACACGACCAACCGUACUCGCAGAGAUGCCAUCCUUAUUUUCACUGACAAUAUAUACCCUUCCAAUUUGAACUCAUAGAACUC